AUGGCGCCAGAAUCUUUAUAUUUAAAUGGGGAAUGUGUUACUCGUGGACAACUUGGAUCUGAAUGUCGAUUUCAUGAACAAUGUGGGGCAGCAGAGGGAAUGACUUGUGUUAAAGGUCAAUGUCAGUGUAUUGAUGGAUUUUCCCCAUUGUCUGAUGUAAUUACUCAUCCUACUAAAAAUCCGAGUCAGCAAUGUCGGCGAGAGUGUGAUAAAAGUAGCAGUAUAAGCAGAGACACAAAUUGUUUGAGUAAAUCACAACUUGGUGGUCCUUGUUUUGUCCAAGAACAAUGUCCAGACCAGGCUGGAUGCUACAGAGGCCGUUGUCUUUGCCGGUGUGGUUAUAAAAUGGCGAAUAGUAAAUGUAUUCCUUUGCCUCCCCCAUCUACUCAAAGACCUCAAACUGUGCCAAGUUGGCAAAAAAUUCUGUUAAAUUUUUUAUUUUGGAAUUUCAGUUGUUCCAAACAAUCCGGAUCUUCUUGGAAUUUUCAGCAAUUUUUUUACUGGAGGGGUUCAGGGUUAAAGAUACAACAAUACAUACAUAUAAUUAAUUUUAUAAUUAUUUUCAAUAUGUGA